ACCGGUCAAACGUACACGGUCGUCCCGCGCGCGGUUGUCGUCCGUUUUUUUUUUGGGUUUUUUCCGUUUUUUAUUUUACGUUUUUUAAAAAUUCUUCCUCGCACCCGACAGUGGAAACCCAAAAAAUAAAAUAUUAUUAAAAAUCGUCGUCGCGAGACAGUGCCCAUGUCGUCGAGAUAUACGAUAUUAUAAUAAUAUAUCGGAGUCGUCGUUGUCAUACACACGCAUAUUAUAUUUAUAUAAUUAUUACGAUAAUAUAAUAUACGUGCUGCUUCGGUAAAUAUUAUUAAUUAUCAUAAAAAUUGUGUACGCGCGAUUGUGCCGUCGUCGAGACACUACGUUUACCGUGCGAUCAUUCGUCGCGCGCGCGCGUUCGUCCGUGUUACCGUCCGUCCGUUAAGCUGGAGGGCUUACCCGCGGUGGCCGGCGGAGAGGGGCUAAGGCUGGCCGCGGCCACCGGCGCCCAGUACCGCCGGGUCGACGACGAGUCGAAGCUCGCGCACAAGUUCCACCCGGCCGGGUUCGAGUUCUACCGGAACCUGCACAAGUUCCACAACCUGAACAACAACAACAACCACAGCAGCAAGAACAACAACAACAACGACUCGCCGCCUUCGGACAAGGCAGCCGUCGCGGCGGCCGCAGCCGCGGCCAUGAUCCUGCAACAGCACCACCGGAUCGGCGGUCUGCUGGCCGGCCGUCGGCCGUCGUCGUGCGACGCCACCGCCGCCGCCGCCGCGGCCACCGACCAACAGCCGCUCGACCUCAGCUCGCUGUCCGUGCCCAAGUACAACAACGGUGGCCGGGCGCACCCGUACUUUGCGCACCAUCACCACAACAACCAUCAUCACAGCCGGGUGGCGGCCGGCCACCAGCAGUCGUCCGCCAAGUCGACGGUGUCGUCGCCGCCACCGCCGCCGGCCCUGAUGCGCGCGGUCCACGCGGCCGUCGGUUCGUCGUCCGACGACGACGAUGAGGACGACGACGACGAAGACGACGAAGACGAACGCGGCAGCAUUGGCGGCAGGAGGAGUCGCGGCGAUCAGUCUUCGCCGCUACCGCCGCCCACGCCCAACGAAAACGACACUUCAGACCGACUGAUGCACCUCGAACACAAAUUCUACUGCCGAGAUGGUACUGAUGCCGAGAGUAUUAAAAGUGCCAAGUCUCAAUCACCAACUCCAGAAGAAGAUGAUAAUGGUGAAGAGGAAAGGGUGGAAGAUAUCGUUGAUCACAGCGAGGACAGUACUGGAAGUGAUUUGUUGCUCAACUCGGAUGGAUCACCAGAUAGAAUUGGAGCAUUAAACUUGGUUUCGCACAGACAUUCUGGUAGCUCUUCGAGCUCAGGCGUUAGCAGUACCGGACCAUCGGGAAAUUGUUCAGCAAACGUAACAAGUGGCAGUGAUCCAUUAGCUGCACUACACAGUCAGCAAUUCGCACAGAUUCCUGGAUUGGGAGUGUUAUCACCGCAAAGUAAUCCAUUGAUCGGGAGUCCUCCCGGAGGUCAAUCUUCUCUUACACCUCAAGAACUUCAAGCACUUUUCCAGCAACAAAUUCAAUAUUUAUUAAUGAGACAGUCCACAGCAACACAUCAGAGCCAGACUCCAUUUUUUUUUCAAAAUCAAGUCCACCAAGCAUUGACUCAAGCAUCACUUCAACUACAGCAGAUCCAACAGGCUCAAAAUAUGACUAACAACCAUCAGCAUUCUCCAGUUGGCAAUGGUCCAAAUCAAUCGACACGUCCAGCUGGUUCAUCAACACCAUCCCAUCAUUCUAAACACUCUGCUCAGACCCAAUCAUCUAAUAAUGACUUGGAUCCAUCAGCAGCAGCCGCUCUAAGCCGACUGGCAGAAACCAAGACCAGCACUGAUGAUACCACUGAUCUCGAAGAAUUAGAACAGUUUGCAAAACUCUUUAAGCAAAGACGCAUUAAAUUAGGUUUUACUCAAGGUGAUGUAGGCCUUGCAAUGGGAAAACUGUAUGGCAAUGAUUUCUCUCAAACAACAAUUUCUAGGUUUGAAGCGUUGAAUUUGUCUUUUAAAAACAUGUGCAAGCUAAAACCACUGUUGCAAAAGUGGCUUGUAGAUGCUGAUAGUACAAUGACCAAUCCUAGUGCUUUGUGUAAUCCUCUGACAACACCAGAAGCAAUCGGAAGACGUCGCAAAAAACGCACGUCCAUUGAAACGUCUAUAAGAUAUUCUCUAGAAAAAGCAUUUAGAGCAAAUCCCAAGCCUACAUCUGAAGAAAUAUCUAUAUUGGCCGAUAACCUAUCGAUGGAAAAAGAAGUGGUUCGUGUAUGGUUCUGCAACCGCAGGCAAAAAGAGAAACGCAUUAAUCCGCCAACAACAACAAUGGCUGGUCAAACUACAUCUACCAACACGGAUAUGUUUACCGCUUCGAUGUCAGUACAAAACCAGAGUGACAUGUUUCCUAUGCUAACUUCUCCAGGACAUCCAUUGGCACUUGUAUCUUCUCCGUCGAUUGGAGGUCAUCAUCACCAUCAUCACCAUCAAAGUAACAGUGAGUGACAUUGGUCAAUCUCAUCGUCCCUAAACAAUGGAUUUGAUGAGCUCGGCCAACGUAGAUAUUUCAGGGCUCCUAUUGAUGGCAAAUUAUCACUCUGUUAGUCACAUAAAAUUUUGUAUUGACUUUCAUAUUGAAAAUUGGCAACAAAUUCCUAUUUGAAACAAAUAAUUAAAAAUAAAAACAAUUAAAAGAUCUAUCCUCGCAAUACUUAAUUAAGUAAAUCAAUAAUG